AUGCGUCAAUCUAUUGUGAACAUUACCAUUAUUAUACUUAUUCUUAUGUGUAUUGGAUUAAAUGAAAGUAAACCAGUUAUAUUUGAUGAUGUUCAGUUACGUGAAAUAGAUCAACAUAUUAAUCGUAGAAAUUUGUUUAAUGUACCAUUAUUUGCUGAAGAAAGUCCAAGAAAUACAAUACGAAGUAAACGAAAUUGUUUUCUCUAUGCGUCUAAACUACAAAAUCGAGCACCGAAAUGGAUGUGUUGGUAA